ACUUUCAAAUUCCCUCAAUUUCAUUCAAAUCCCCGCACACGAACACAACCUUAACGUUAGAAGAACCCUAAUUGGUGCUGGUCGAUCACCAUCUUCUUCUCGAUUCGAUCUGAUUCGUGAAAGAAGAAGCGAAAGAAUGAAGCUUUCGUUUUCCGUCCCCUCAUCGAAAUCCCAAUCGAAACCCAAACCCAUCAAUACCUUAGACGACACUUCCACCGCCCAAAACGACGCUGACGGAUCCAAACAUCUCAUCACCGAAUUCGAUCCUUCCAAACCCGCUCCCUCCCUCGCCCCCAAAAUCCUAAUUCAGCCAAUCCAAAACGAAUGGAAACCCUUUAAGAAGAUGAAGAACCUCCACCUCCCCACCGCCGACCCUGAAUCCGAACCCCUUACAUUCGAAGUCCACGCCGUCGACGGCCAACCCGACUCCGACGUCUCCUAUGGCCUCAACCUCCGCACCGACAAAAAAACUGAGCAAAACAACAGCAUCGCACUUCCGCCGCCGCCGCGCCGCGUUCCGGUGGACGGUACGAUGCUGCAGAAGCUGAAGGACGACAUGGAGAGGUUACCGGAGGAUCGGGGGUUCGACGAGUUCAAGGAUGUCCCAGUCGAGGGUUUUGGCGCGGCGCUGCUGGCCGGCUACGGGUGGAAGGAAGGGAUGGGGAUUGGAAAGAACGCGAAGGAGGACGUGAAGAUUACUGAGAUCAAGCGGAGAACUGCUAAGGAAGGAUUGGGUUUUGUUGGUGAUGCUCCUGCUGCGCUGGUUCGGAGUAGCAAUGACAAGGACAAGAAGAAGAAUGAGAAGAAGGAGAAGGUUGUUAGGGUUGUUGGGGGAAGAGAUGCUGGGAGGAAGGGUACUGUUGUGUCUAGUAUCGGUGAUGAUUAUCUUGUUUUGGAGCUAUCCAGAAGUGAAGAGAAGGUGAAAGUGAAGGUGGGGGAUGUUGCUGAAUUGGGUUCUAAGGAUGAAGAGAGGUGUUUGAGGAAAUUGAAGGAGUCGAAGAUUCAGCGUGAGGAUAGAGGGCCAAAAAGGAAGCGCGACAGGGAUGAGUUGGAGAAUAGAGUGGAUGUUAGUCGGAGAGAGGAGAGGAAAGGGGUGGGUCGUAGGGAUAUGGUUGAGGAGAAGAGAAUGGAUGGUGGUAGGAGAGAGGAGAGGAGAGUGGUGGAUCAGAGGAAGGUUUCUUGGCUUACUAGUCACAUUCGGGUGAGGGUGAUUAGCAGGGAUUUGAAAGGAGGGCGGUUGUAUUUGAAGAAGGGGGAGAUUCUGGAUGUUGUUGGACCUACCACUUGUGAUGUAUCAAUGGAUGAGAGCAGGGAGAUUGUUCAAGGGGUGUCCCAAGAUUUUCUGGAGACGGCAAUUCCGAAACGUGGGGGACCUGUGCUUGUGUUGGCUGGUAAAUACAAGGGUGUAUUUGGGAGUCUGGUGGAGAGGGAUUUGGAGCGGGAAAUGGCCAUUGUUAGGGAUGCUGAUACCCAUGAGCUGCUAAAUGUGAAGCUUGAGCAAAUUGCGGAGUAUAUAGGGGACCCAAGCUUGUUGGGACAUUGAUUCUGUUCAAUCUGAUUCCGCGUAUGGCUGUUUUCAUUGAGAUCAACUGAUUUGCAAAUUUCAUCUUAAACCAAUUGGCAUUUAGCAAAAGUUGUCCAACAUAUUGUAAGUCGCAUUCCAGGAAUUGAGCUAGGAUGUGAGACUCCCGAGAUGUAAAAAGCUCAGUGUGUGGACCAACAUGGGAUUUCAUGUGCUAUAUAGAAAAUUUUUGCAUCGUCAAUAUCCUGAAAUUAGCCAUGUUAUUUAUGCUAUGUUCUGUUGUUCUUCUAUCUGGUGCAUAAAUUGGGCAUGUGUGGUUGAAUUUGCCGGUCUUCUUGCAAAAUGGUACGGGCAUGUUUCUCUUCGUGGUUCCAUGUUUGGGAGUAUUCUUGCACUUUCUUGUGUAUUAAGCUACACAAUAUCAGGAUAACAUGGAGAAUAAGAAGAGUCAGAAUGGACACGAAAAAAAAAUUAUACUCGGGUGAAAGCCUUUCGCACCAUUUUCCAACACGUACUAAAAUGAGCAGAUCAAUUUUGCGUAGUAGAGAUUAUAAAGCCUCUCACCUAAGGAAGUCUUUGCAACCAAGGAGACAUCAUGCUAGAAUUGAAAUUAGUAGAGAUCUUAGAUGUAAAAGUAAAAGGAAUCAUAGUCUUGGAGAGCCCAGUUUCACAAGCAACGCCAUUAAGCAUGACAAUCACAUAGGCACAAGCAAUCACAUAAAGGUAAUCCGUACAUCUUAGUUGGUAAGAAAAGGUAUAUCUAUAUCUAGAAGGAAUAAAGUUCUGCGGAGAUAGAGAAGGUAGAAUCUCUUAGUUUAGGUUUCUUAUGCGAACCACUUUGUCUCGCUGUAUGUUUCUGAUUUGUCAGAAUGAAAAAACAAAAAAAUGGAAUUACGAGAAUCUGGAAUGCUAAAUUUAUUCUGGGGUUUGUAAGAUAUUGUACAUGUCCAGUUUCAGCUCGUAGCAUAAAGAAGUUCAUUCCUAA